AUGUACACUGGACUGCGACGUACACUGGACUACAACGCACACUGGACUACAACGCACAAGGAAAAAGAAAGCAGGGACGGCCAGAAAAUAACUGGAGAAGCUAGCCCUUGCACAGAGGAGAGUGAGGUGGAGAGCCAUGGUGGACGCCCUAUGCUACCUAGGGGGCCAAGAGGUUUAAAUCAAGUUAGUCAAGUCUGUAGUCUGAAGUGAAAUACCUGUAGCUCUGUAGCAGUCUUGCUUUUGUUUUCCUCUCCCUCCGUUUUAACCCGUACACCACUGAUUCAUUGAGUUUGAACCUACUGCAAUGAUUCCGCAACACAUACAUCGGGAAAUGAAAUGUUAAUGAUGCCCCAGGGACUUGAUUGUAACACUAUCUCAUAAUCUGCAUCCUGGGAAAUCUAUUAUUUUCAGGCUUCCUUCUGACUUAAUUGACAGUUUAAUGUCAUACUGGUCCAGUGCGAGGAGAAGGAAGUUAAGCAGGGAGCCCUUUAUUUACUUCCUAGCUUGUUAGUUUCCUGCCAGUAGCCUAGUAAUUAUGUUGUGUUGGCCUCCCCAUUAGCUGAAUGUUAUCUGCUAUUGAAAGGUCACAUGAUGGUGGAUUUUGAGAGGAACUAGCAAUAUUGUUCUGUUUUUCUACUGCGGGGCUCUCCAACCAGGGGUGGACUGGGACAAAAAUGCAGCCCCCCCCCCCCCCCCCCACACACUGUCUGUGCUAGGCCUAGCAUCAUCAGUGUCUGGUUCACUGUCUGUGCUAAGCCUAGCAUCACCAGUAUCUUGUUCACUGUCAUCAUCCUAGUUGUGAAUGAAGAAAUACACUUAGACAACCAUAGGGAACACACAUUAUGACCUAAUUUGCAGUUAAGUGUGUCUAUAUGUAGACAUAAUUAAGAUUAUUGUGUCAUAUGUGUUCCCCCCUACCCUAGUGUUAAUUACUAUUACAUAUUAAGGAACUGGCAGUACAUCUGUCUCUCUCUGUUUUCUUCCUACCUCCACUGCACUCGUCCCUGAGCUGUCUCUGCUAAGCCUAGCAUCCUUUCUCACGGCACUGGUACCAGAAGACCAGGGGACCACAUUGCCUGUACCGGGCCCAGCAACAUCCUAGUUGUGAAUGGAUAAAUACAUACAUAUUAGGCAAAGUAGAAAAUCACUGAAUAAAUACCUUAUACACUGAAUAAGAAUACAAAUGCAACAUGUAAAGUGUUGGUCCCAUGUUUCAUGAGCUGAAAUAAAAGAUCCCCGAAAUUUUCCAUAUGCUCAAAAAACGUAUUUCUCUAAAAUGUUGUGAACAAAUUUGUUUACUCUCACGAAUACCGCCGAGGCUGCUCCUCCUCCUUGCUCGGGCAGGCUUCGGCGUUCGUCAUCCCCGGAGUACUAGCUACUACCGCUUGUAUGUUCUCGAUGUUUGUUUGGUCUUGUCUAGUUGGUCGCACCUGUUUCGUCUUCUGUAUUGAUUAUGUCACCUAUAAGUUUCCUUUGGUUUUGUUUGCAGUUGUGUGUUAUUGUCUGCCUGUCGUUUGUUGUCAAGGUUCGGUAUUUUUGUGUGUAAGAGUAUUUUACGCAUUGCGCGUAUUAGUUCGCCUCCGGUGUUUUCGAGGCCAUUUACCUUGUAUUGUUCAUGAGUCUCAGUAAAGUCGUGUUGACUUAUCCUCUGUGUCCUGCGCCUGACUUCACCACCGCAUCCACAUCAACAACGUGACAGAAUAACACACCAUUACUAUGGAGUCAGCAGUAGCAGCGGCGGGGACCGAGUCGCUGGAGGAUCGGGUCAGCUGCCAGGACGCCAGGAUCCAGCAACUCGGUGUCAAGGGCUGAGCGUAGAUGUGGUGCAGAAAUCAAGCGCAGGACUACAGAGGCUCUUCAACAGUCUUUAGUGAGGAUCAAACAAAUACAAAAGACUCACGGCAAAAUCCCAGCCGGAGGGCAAGCGAAACAAUACGCACACAGGGAACAGUGCGUAACCCAAACUGCGCACACAGUGCGGACACUCUCUCAAAACAAAAACAGAACGAGAGAGAACAAACUGACGCCUAGCAGACACGAAACAAUUACACACAACACCUGACAAAACCUAAGAGAACUUAUAGGGCACAUAAUCAACACUAACAAAGAACAGGUGUACAAACAGACCAAACCUAACGAACAUCGAAACAUAGAACGGUGGCAGCUAGUACUCCGGAGACGACGACCGCCGAAGCCUGCCCGAACAAGGAGGAGGAGCAGCCUCGGCCGAAACCGUGACAGUACCCUCCCCUUGAAGCGCGGCUCCAGCCGUGCGCCAACCCCGGCCUCGAGGACGACCAGGCGGACGCGGAGCAGGGCGCGUAGGAUGACAACGAUGGAACUCGGUCAGAAGAGACGGGUCUAAGAUGUCCCUCCUCGGCACCCAGCACCGCUCCUCCGGGCCGUACCCCUCCCACUCCACGAGAUAUUGGAGCUCCCCCAUCCGGCGUCUCGAAUCCAGGAUGGACCGAACAGUGUACGCCGGAGCCCCCUCGAUGUCCAGCGGGGGCGGUGGAGUCUCCUCUAUCUCAAAGUCCUGGAGUGGACCAGCUACCACCGGCCUGAGGAGAGACACAUGGAACAAGGUUGUGUUUUCUCUAGCAGGAGGUAAGCUGUGCUUCUUAUAUGGUGUUGAGUAAAGCUUAAACCAUGUAUUUAGAUCGUAGGUAGGUAGUUGUAGUUAGGUAUUGUAGGUAGUUUAUUUAGGUAGUUAUUUAGGUAGUUAUUGUAGGUUUCCGUAGGUAAUUAUUGUAGGUAAGUAUUGUUUACGGCGGAGCCCGGCGAAGCACGAGGCUAGCUAGCUAGCGGGUAGCUACUGGUAACGUUUAGCAACAGUGGAGAGUUGUUUCCAAUGUUAAUGUGCUAGCUAGCCAACGUUUAAUUUUUGCUGCGUUAUGAAAGGAACUAGACACGGACACGAAUUAUCUGUUUAGUGUGUUAACACACUAUUGGUAGUUUGUUGUAACCAAGUAUUGGUGCUAAACUGUGUGUUAUUGGAUGCUAGCAUGCUAGUUAGCUAUGGCGUCAUAGUUAGGCAUCGUGGGCUGUUGUGGGUAGUUACUGUAGGUUAGCAUUGUUUUUCGGCGGUGCCGGGUGUAGCACGAAGCUAGCUAGCUAGCCGUUCUUCUAACAAAGUCAACACAGUAGCCAUUGCUAGCUAGCCAACACGACCAGCUAACUGUACUGUAGUAGCUAAAUACAAUAUACUUGUGCUAGCUAGCCAACGUUUAAUUAUUGCUGCGUUAUGAAAGGAACUAGACACGGACACGAAUGAUCUGUUUAGUGUGUUAACACACUAUUGGUAGUUUGUUUUAACCAAGUAUUGGUGCUAAACUGUGUGUUAUUGGAUGCUAGCAUGCUAGUUAGCUAUGGUGUCAUAGUUAGGCAUCGUGGGCUGUUGUGGGUAGUUACUGUAGGCUGGCAUUGUUUUCGGCGGUGCCGGGUGUAGCACGAAGCUAGCUAGCUAGCCGUUUUUCGAACAGAGUCAACACAGUAGCCAUUGUGUGCUGUACUGUGGCAGCUAAAUACAAUAUAUUUGUGCUAGCUAGCCAACGUUUAAUUAUUGCUGCGUUAUGAAAGGAACUAGACACGGACACGAAUUAUCUGCUUAGUGUGUUAACACACUAUUGGUGGUUUGUUGUGACCAAGUGUUGGUGCUAAACUGUGUGUUAUUGGAUGCUAGCAUGCUAGUUAGCUAUGGUGUCAUAGUUAGCUAGCUGAAUAAAGUGGGUUGAGUCUAUUCCUUUAAACAUUGAACCGCUGUGGUUCACAACAAUUCUGAUUUCUAAAGGUGGAAGUUGGGAGAGUUUUUGUUCGGGUGGUUCAGUGAAACAAUUAUAGUUUCUGAGGUGGAAGUUUUGGUGAGGGAGGCCCUGCUCUCUCCUCUCCCAGAUGUUUAGUUCAUUUCAUUCCGAUCUCCUCUGCAUUAUUGUAGCCAUUUGCUACAGCCUGUCAACUAUGCCUCUGCCUAUCCCUGUUCUCUCCUCUCUGCACAGGCUACACAAACGCCUCACACCGCGUGGCUGCUGCCUCUCUAACCUGGUGGUCCCUGCACGCACCCCACACCUGGAGUUCCAGGUCUCAGGCAGCCUCUGGAACUGCCGUUCUGCUGCCAACAAAGCUGACUUCAUCCCAGCCUAUGCUAACCUCCAGUCCCUCGACUUCCUGGCGCUGACGGAAACAUGGAUUACCACUGAAAACACUGCUACUCCUACUGCUCUCUCCUCGUCUGACCAUGUGUUCUCGCAUACCCCGAGAGCAUCUGGUCAGAGGGGUGGUGGCACAGGAAUCCUCAUCUCUCCCAAGUGGACAUUCUCCAUUUUUCCCCUAACCCACCUGUCUAUCUCCUCAUUUGAAUUCCAUGCUGUCACAGUCACUAGCCCAUUUAAGCUUAAUAUCCUUGUCAUCUAUCGCCCUCCAGGUCCCCUUGGAGAGUUCAUCAAUGAGCUUGACGCCUUGAUAAGUUCCUUUCCUGAGGAUGGCUCACCCCUCACAGUUUUGGGGGAUUUCAACCUCCCUAUGUCCACAUUUGACAAAUUUCUCUCUGCCUCCUUCUUUCCACUCCUCUCCUCUUUUGACCUCACCCUCUCACCGUCCCCCCCUACUCACAAGGCAGGCAAUACGCUUGACCUCAUCUUUACUAGAUGCUGCUCUUCUACUAAUCUCACUGCAACUCCCCUCCAUAUCGCCGACCACUACUUUGUUUCCUUUUCUCUCUCGCUCUCCUCCAACACUACUCACUCUGCCCCUACACAGAUGGUAAUGCGCCGCCGCAACCUUCGCUCUCUCUCUCCCACUACUCUCUCCUCUUCCAUCAAAUCAUCUCUUCCCUCUGAUCAAUCCUUCUCCCUCCAAUCUCCUGAUUCUGCCUCCUCAACCCUCCUCUCCUCCCUUUCUGCAUCCUUUGACUCUCUGUGUCCCCUAUCCUCCCGGCCGGCUCGGUCCUCCCCUCCAGCUCCGUGGCUUGAUGACUCAUUGCGAACUCACAGAACAGAGCUCCGGGCAGCGGAGCGGAAAUGGAAGAAAACUAAACUCCCUGCCGACCUGGCAUCUUUUCACUCCCUCCUCUCUACAUUUUCUUCAUCUGUUUCUGCUGCUAAGGCCACUUUCUACCACUCUAAAUUCCAAGCAUCUGCCUUUAACCCUAGGAAGCUCUUUGCCACAUUUUCCUCCCUGCUGAAUCCCCCCCCCCCCCCCCCCCCCCCUCCUCUCUCUCUGUGGAUGACUUCGUCAACCACUUUGAAAAGAAGGUUGACGACAUCCGAUCCUCGUUUGUUAAGUCUAAUGACACUGCUGGUCCUGCUCACACUGCCCUACCCUAUGCUUUGACUUCUUUCUCCCCUCUCUCUCCAGAUAAAAUCCUGCGACUUGUGACUGCAGGCCGCCCAACAACCUGCCCGCUUGACCCCAUCCCCUCCUCUCUUCUCCAGACCAUCUCCGGUGACCUUCUCCCCUACCUCACCUCGCUGAUCAACUCAUCCUUGACCGCUGGCCAUGUCCCUUCCGUCUUCAAGAGAGCGAGAGUUGCUCCCCUUCUCAAAAAACCAACACUCGAUCCCACUGAUGUCAACAACUACAGACCAGUAUCCCUUCUUUCUUUUCUUUCCAAAACUAUUGAGCGUGCCGUCUUUAGCCAACUCUCUUGCUAUCUCUCUCAGAAUGACCUUCUUGAUCCAAACCAGUCAGGUUUCAGGACUGGUCAUUCAACUGAGACUGCUCUUCUCUGUGUCACGGAGGCUCUCCGCACUGCUAAAGCUAACUCUCUCUCCUCUGCUCUUGUCCUUCUAGACCUGUCUGCUGCCUUUGAUACUGUGAACCAUCAGAUCCUCCUCUCCACCCUCUCCGAGCUGGGCAUCUCCGGCGCGGCUCACUCCUGGAUUGCGUCCUACCUGACCGGUCGCUCCUACCAAGUGGCGUGGCGAGAAGCUGUCUCCGCACCACGUGCUCUCACCACUGGUGUCCCCCAGGGCUCAGUUCUAGGCCCUCUCCUUUUCUCCCUAUACACCAAGUCACUUGGCUCUGUCAUAUCCUCACAUGGCCUCUCCUAUCAUUGCUACGCUGACGAUACACAACUAAUCUUCUCCUUUCCCCCUUCUGAUAACCAGGUGGCGAAUCGCAUCUUUGCAUGUCUGACAGACAUAUCAGUAUGGAUGACGGAUCACCACCUCAAGCUGAACCCUGGCAAGACGGAGCUGCUCUUCCUCCCGGGGAAGGACUGCCCGUUCCAUGAUCUCGCCAUCACGGUUGACAACUCCGUUGUGUCCUCCUCCCAGAGUGCGAAGAGCCUUGGCGUGACCCUGGACAACACCCUGUCGUUCUCCGCUAACAUCAAGGCGGUGACCCGCUCCUGCAGGUUCAUGCUCUACAACAUUCGGAGAGUACGACACUGCCUUACACAGGAAGCGGCACAGGUCCUAAUCCAGGCACUUGUCAUCUCCCGUCUGGAUUACUGCAACUCGCUGUUGGCUGGCCUCCCUGCCUGUGCCAUUAAACCCCUACAACUCAUCCAGAAUGCCGCAGCCCGUCUGGUGUUCAACCUUCCCAAGUUCUCUCACGUCACCCCCCUCCUCCGCACACUCCACUGGCUUCCAGUUGAAGCUCGCGUCCGUUACAAGACCAUGGUGCUUGCCUAUGGAGCAGUGAGGGGAACGGCACCUCUGUACCUUCGGGCUCUGAUCAGUCCCUACACCCAAACGAGGGCAUUGCGUUCAUCCACCUCUGGCCUGCUGGCUCCCCUUCCUCUGCGGAAGCAUAGUUCCCGCUCAGCCCAGUCAAAACUGUUCGCUGCUCUGGCACCCCAAUGGUGGAACAAGCUCCCUCACGGCGCCAGGACAGCGGAGUCACUCACCACCUUCCGGAGACAUUUGAAACCCCACCUCUUUAAGGAAUACCUGGGAUAGGAUAAAGUAAUCAUUCUACCCCCCCCAAUUUGUGAGUCGCUCUGGAUAAGAGCGUCUGCUAAAUGACGUAAAUGUGCCCUUGAGCAAGGCCCUUAACCCUAAUUGCUCCUGUAAGUCGCUCUGGAUAAGAGCGUCUGCUAAAUGACUAAAAUGUAAAAAAAAUGAACGAGGGGUUAAUACUCUUGUAAUCAAUAGGCAAUUGUAACCUGUAACACACCUCGUUCAACCUCCUCAGGACUUUAAAAGGCCCCACAAACCGCCGACCCAGCUUCCGGCAGGGCAGGCAGAGGGGCAGGUUUCUGGUCGAGAGCCAGACCCGAUCUCCCGGUGCGUACACCGGUCCCUCACUGCGGUGGAGAUCGGCGCUCGUCUUCUGUUGACGGAUGGCCCGCUGCAGAUGGACGUGAGCAGCGUUCCACGUUUCCUCCGAGCGCCGCACCCACUCAUCCACCGCAGGGGCCUCGAUCUGGCUCUGAUGCCAAGGUGCCAGAGCCGGCUGGUAUCCUAAAACACACUGGAACGGAGUUAGUUUGGUGGAGGAGUGGCGGAGAGAGUUCUGUGCCAUCUCGGCCCAGGGAACAUACCUCGCCCACUCCUCCGGCCGGCACUGGCAAUAUGACCUCAGAAACCUACCCACAUCCUGGUUCACACGUUCGACCUGCCCAUUGCUCUCCGGGUGGUACCCCGAGGUAAGGCUAACCGAAACCCCCAAGCGCUCCAUAAAAGCUCUCCAGACUCUGGAGGUAAAUUGGGGGCCUCGAUCAGACACUAUAUCAUCGGGUACCCCGUAAUGCCGGAAGACGUGGGUGAAUAGUGCCUCAGCGGUCUGUAGGGCAGUAGGGAGACCCGGCAUGGGAAGGAGACGAUAGGCCUUCGAGAACCGGUCCACAACGACCAGAAUGGUGGUAUUCCCCUGUGAGGGGGGAAGGUCUGUAACAAAAUCCACCGAGAGGUGCGACCAGGGUCGUUGUGGAACGGGCAGGGGUUGUAACUUACCCCUGGGCAAAUGUCUAGGCGCCUUACACUGGGCACACAACGAGAAGGAGGAAACAUAAACCCUCACAUCCCUGGCUAACGUUGGCCACCAGUACUUCGUGCUAAGGCAGUGCACUGUCCGACCAAUACCUGGAUGGCCAGAGGAGGGUGACGUGUGAGCUGUAAGGUUCUUCACAAAACUGGAUCUCAGGAGCGCCUACAACCUGGUGCGCAUUAGGGAGGGAGAUGAAUGGAAGACAGCAUUUAGUACCACCUCGGGUCAUUAUGAGUAUCUCGUCAUGCCAUACGGGUUAAUGAAUACUCCUUCAGUCUUCCAAUCCUUUGUGGACGAGAUCUUCCGGGACCUGCAUGGGCAGGGUGUGGUAGUGUACAUUGACGACAUCCUAGUGUACUCUUCUACACGAGCCGAGCAUGUAGCCCUGGUGCGCCGAGUGUUGGGUAGGCUGUUGGAGCAUGACUUGUAUGUCAAGGCAGAGAAAUGUCUGUUUUUUCAGGAGUCCAUCUCCUUCUUGGGUCAUCGGUUGUCCACGUCAGGGGUGAAGAUGGAGAUUGACCGUGUGUCAGCUGUGCGUAAUUGGCAGACUCCAACCACUGUUAAAGAGGUGCAGCGGUUUUUGGGUUUUGCCAAUUACUACCGGAGGUUUAUCCGGGGUUUUGGACAGGUAGCAGCUCCCAUCACGUCCCUGCUGAAGGGGGGCCCGGUGCGUUUGCAGUGGUCGGCUGAGGCGGACAGGGCGUUUGGUAAACUGAAGGACCUGUUCACUUCGGCUCCGGUGCUGGCGCACCCGGACCCCGCUUUAGCGUUCCAGGUGGAAGUGGACGCGUCAGAGGCCGGUAUUGGGGCAGUGUUGUCUCAACGCUCAGGCACGCCUCCUAAGCUCCGUCCCUGCGCUUUUUAUUCUAAGAAGCUCAGCCCGGCGGAAAGAAAUUAUGACGUAGGGGACAGGGAGCUGCUAGCCGUGGUUCAAGCCCUAAAGGUGUGGAGGCAUUGGCUUGAGGGGGUUCAACACCCUUUUCUAAUUCUGACUGACCAUCGUAACCUGGAGUACAUCCGGGCAGCUAGGAGAUUGAACCCUUGUCAGGCUAGGUGGAACAUGUUUCUGACCCGGUUCGUUUUUAGGAUAACUUACAUCCCAGGGUCCCAGAACGGUAAGGCAGACGCCCUGUCCCGGCGGUCUCCACCGCAGUGAGGGUCCAGUAUACGCACCUGGAGAUCGAGUCUGGCUCUCGACUCGAGACCUGCCCCUUCGCCUGCCCUGCCGGAAGCUUGGUCGGCGGUUUGUGGGGCCAUUUAAAGUCCUGAGGAGAUUGAACGAGGUAUGUUACAAGUUACAACUGCCUAAUGAUUAUCACAUUAACCCCUCGUUCCAUGUGUCUCUCCUCAGGCCGGUGGUAGCUGGUCCACUCUAGGACAGUGAGAUAAGAGAGACUCCUCCGCCCCCACUGGACAUCGAGGGGGCUCCGGCGUACUCAGUCCGGUCCAUCGUGGAUUCGAGACGUCGGAUGGGGGUUCUACAAUAUCUCGUGGAGUGGGAGGGGUACGGUCCGGAGGAACGGUGCUGGGUGCCUAGGAGGGACAUUUUAGAUCCCUCCCUCCUGACGGAGUUCCACCGUAGUCAUCCCACGCGCCCUGCUCCGCGUCCUCCUGGCCGUCCCCGAGGCCGGGGUCGGCGCACGGCUGGAGCCGCGCGUCAAGGGGGGGGUACUGUCACGAAUACCGCCGAGGCUGCUCCUCCUCCUUGCGCGGGCAGGCUUCGGCGUUCGUCGUCCCCGGAGUACUAGCUACUACCGCUUGUAUGUUCUCGAUGUUUGUUUGGUCUUGUCUAGUUGGUCGCACCUGUUUCGUCUUCUGUAUUGAUUAUGUCACCUAUAAGUUUCCUUUGGUUUUGUUUGCAGUUGUUUGUUAUUGUCCGCCUGUCGUUUGGUGUCAAGGUUCGGUACUUUUGUGUGUAAGAGUAUUUUACGCAUUGCGCGUAUUAGUUUGCCUCCGGUGUUUUCGAGGCCAUUUACUUUGUAUUGUUCAUGAGUCUCAGUAAAGUCGUGUUGACUUAUCCUCUGUGUCCUGCGCCUGACUUCACCACCGCAUCCACAUCAACAACGUGACAGUUUACAUCCAUGUUAGUGAGCAUGUCUCAUUUGCCAAGAUAAUCUAUCCACCUGACAGGUGUGGUAUAUCAAGAGGCUGAUUAAACAGCAUCAUUACACAGAUUCACCUUGUGCUGGGAACAAUAAAAGGCAACUAAAAUGUGCAGUUUUGUCACACAACACAAUGCCACAGAUGUCUCAAGUUUUGAGGGAGCGUGCAAUUGCCAUGCUGACUACAGGAAUGUCCACCAGAGCUGUUGCCAGAGAAUUUUAUGUUCAUUUCUCUACCAUAAGCUGCCUCCAACGUAGUUUUAGAGAAUUUGGCAGUACGUCUAAACAGCCUCACAAGCGCAGAUCACGUGUAACCAUGCCAGUCCAAGACCUCCACAUCCGGCUUCUUCACCAGUGGGACCAUCUGAGACCAGCCACCCGGACAGCUGAUGAAACUGUGGGUUUGCACAACCAAAUAAUCUCUGCACAAACUGUCAGAAACCGUCUCAGGGAAGCUAAUCUGCGUGCUCGUCAUCCUCACCAGGGUCUUGACCUGACUGCAGUUUGGCGUCGUAACUGACUUCAGUGGGCAAAUGCACACCUUCGAUGGCCACUGGCACGCUGGAGAAGUAUGCUCUUCACGGAUUAAUCACGGUUUGGCGUUGUGUGGGCGAGCGGUUUGCAAAUGUCAAAGUUGUGAACAGAGUGCCCCAUGGUGGUGGUAGGGUUAUGGUAUGGGCAGGCAUAGCCAACGGACCACGAACACAAUUGCAUUUGAAUGCGUCUGCUAAAUGACGUAAAUGUAAAUGUAAAUGUAAUGCACAGAGAUACUGUGAUGAGAUCCUGAGGCCCAUUGACGUGCCAUUCAUCCGCUGCCAUCACCUCAUGUUUCAGCAUGAUAAUGCACGGCACCAUGUCACAAGGAUCUGUACACAAUUCCUGGUAGCGGAACAUGUCCCAGUUUUUCCAUGGCCUGCACACUCUCCAGACAUGUCACCCAUUGAGCAUGUUUGGGAUGCUCUGGAUCGAUGUGUAGGACAGUGUGUUCCAGUUUCCUCCAAUAUCCAACAACUUCGCACAGCCAUUUGAAGAGGAGUGGGACAACAUUCCACAUGCCACAAUCAACAGCCUGAUCAACUAUGUAAAGGAGAUGUGUUGUGCUGCAUGAGGCAAAUGGUGGUCAGACAAGAUACUGACUGGUUUUCUGAUCUACGCCCCUAUCUGUAUUCCCAGUCAUGUGAAAUCCAUAGGAUAGAGACUAAUGAAUUUAUUUUGCUAAUUUAAAUAUUACAUUUACAUAAGUAUUCAGACCCUUUACUAAGUAUUUUCUUGAAGUACCUUUGGCAGCAAAUACAGCCUCGACUUGUCUUGGGUAUGACGCUACAAGCUUUGCACACCUGUAUUUGGGGAGUUUCUACCAUUCUUCUCUGCAGAUCAUCUCAAGCUUUGUUAUGUUGGAUGGGGAGCGUUGCUGCACAGCUAUUUGCAGGUCUCUCCAGAGAUGUUCGACCGGGUUGAAGUCCGGGCUCUGGCUGGGCCACUCAAGGACAUUCAGAGACUUGUCCCGAAGCCACUCCUGCGUUGUCUUGGCUGUGUGCUUAGGGUCGUUGUCCUGUUGGAAAGUCAACCUUCGCCCCAGUCUGAGGUCCUGAGCGCUCUGGAGCAGGUUUUCAUCAAGGAUCUCUCUGUACUUUUCUCCGCUCGUCUUUGCCUCGAUCCUGACUAGUCUCCCAGUCCCUGAUGCUGAAAAAUAUCCCCACAGCAUGAUGCUGCCACCACCAUGCUUCACAGUAGGGAUGGUGCCAGGUUUCCUCCAGACGUGAUGCUUGGCAUUCAGGCCAAAUAGUUCAAUCUUGGUUUCAUCAGUCCAGAGAAUCUUGUUUCUCACGGUCUGAGAUUCUUUAGGUGCCUUUUGGCAAACUCCAAGUGGGCUGUCAUGUGCCUUUUACUGAGUAGUGGCUUCCGUCUGGCCACUCUACCAUAACGGCCUGAUUGGUGGAGUGCUGCAGAGAUGUUUGUCCUUCUGGAGGGUUCUCCCAUCUCCACAGAGGAACUCUAGAGCUCGGUCAGAGUAACCAUCGGGUUCUUGGUCACCUCCCUGACCAAGACAUUUCUCCCCCGAUUACUCAGUAUGGCCGGGCGGCCAGCUCUUGGAAGAGUCUUGUUGGUUCCAAACUUCUUCUAUUUAAGAAUGAUGGAGGCCACUGUGUUCUUGGGGACCUUCAAUGCUGCAGACAUGUUUUUUGUACCCUUCCCCAGAUCUGUGCCUCGACACAAUCCUGUCUCGGAGCUCUACGGACAAUACCUUUGACCUCAUGGCUUGGUUUUUGCUCUGACAUGCACUGUCAACUGUGGGACCUUAUAUAGACAGGUGUGUGCCUUUCCAAAUCAUGUCCAAUCGAUUGAAUUUACCACAGGUGGACUCCAAUCAAGUUGUAGAAACAUCUCAAGGAUGAUUAAUGGAAACAGGAUGCACCUGAGCUCAAUUUCGAGUCUCAUAGCAAAGGGUCUGAAUACUUAUGUAAAUAAGGUAUUUCUGUUUUUUAUGUUUAAAUCAUUUGCAGAAAUGUCUAAAAACCUGUUUUUUCGCUUUCUCAUUAUGGUGUGUUGUGUGUAGAUUGCUACACAUUAAUGUAACAAAAUGUAUCAAAAGUCAAGUGGUCUGAAUACUUUCCGAAGGCACUGUAGCCUACCAUUGGUAUUUUAUAUUUAUGCCUUUGCCUAUUCAAUCUGGUCACUAACUUAGGUCUACGUCUUCUUGUCUCAAAAACAUCUAAUAUGUGCUUCAGAAUCAAAAAGUUGUGCGUCUUGACUGUUGACCAAUGACCAGUCAUCAGCAUUGGCAUGCAAAGGCGGGUGCACAUAUCCAGUUCAGUGACCAGAAAGCACUGGUUUCAUUUUCUCCUGUUUUGCAAAAACAAAGUAGCCCACAUUCAUAUUAUCCACAUAAAAUACAAUCUGCUACGGACGGAACUUUGCCAGAACAAUAGGCUUCCUGGCAAUUUCAUGGAUCAUUUUCAUAUUUCAGAUCCAAUGCAGCCGUUUUUUAUAUCAAUAUCUAAUCAUUUCGGGGCAACAAUUAAUUAGCUUACUGUGGUUGUUUUCAAUAAAAUGGCCAAAAAGAAACAAAAAUAGCUUCUUAGCAAAUCAUUUUGCUGGGACUGUCUGAGAGUCGUCUGAGUGUGUAGGGGAAAAUAGAAAACUAGCUGAUAUUGGAAGAGAGGUUUGGAACUAUUUUUCUUAUAGAUGACCACUGGCUUAAAAUGCCUUGUAAAUUAAGGGGCAUGUCAUGUGUUCCCCCCUGCCCACUUAGCUGUGUUUAAUAUUAGGCUACAUAUACAGUCAUAACAUUAAGGACUGGCAGUACGUCUGUGUCAGUCUCUCUUCCUCUCUCUCUGUUCUCUUCUAUUGAAUUUGAUAUAAAACCAUCUGUGUUUGUCAUAGAAUGAUGGAACUAGUUUCUGUGGAUGCAGACAGAUUUUCAGCAUUGUGCUUCAUUUGUCAAUAUCCUGCCAAGCAGGUCAAAUAACCGCUCUAACAAUGGAAAUACAACUCCUCAAAGAUGGACGGCAGGCAGGAGCUGAGAUCAGAUGCGACCACUCUAGCCAAAGAGAGGGCAGAUACGUGGCUCUUCCUCUCUGUUACGGUUCAAAAACCCUAGUUGCCUCGCUGGCUGAAGAGACAAUGAGAUUUAGAAGUGAAGUAAAUAGCCUAAACAUUGAUAAAACAAAUAAAAUACACAAACAGCCCCCAACUUCCCCUUUAACAGGUUAAUUUGGAUUAUUUAGCAUUUAUGCAUUCAAUGUUUUAUUUGAAUAGGCCUACAUGAUGACUUGUGUUUAAUAAAAAGCACUGUAUAAAUGUCUAGUAGAUAGCUAUUGCCUUACCUAUGUGUCGUAAAAGCCAAUCUAAUGACUUGUUAGGCUAUAGGGCAAGUAUAGUGCAACUUUUGAUUCCUAAUGAUGUCUCACAUUUAAUUAUUUGCAAACAGGUACAGUUUCAUUGCAAACAAGACACACUGAUUUCACAUUGAAGAAAUAUGAUAAGAUGAACACAUACACUAUAUAUGCAGAAGUAUGUGGACACCCCUUCAAAUUAAUGGCUUCGGCUAUUUCAGCCACACCCGUUGCUGACAGGUGUAUAAAAUUGAGCACACAGCCAUGCAAUCUCCAUAGACAAACAUUGGCAGUAGAAUGGCCUUACUGAAGAGCUCAGCGACUUUCAACGUUUCACCAUCAUAGGAUGCCACCUUUCCAACAAGUCAGUUCGUCAAACUUCUGCCCUGCUAGAGCUGCCCCGGUCAACUGUGAGUGCUGUUAUUGUGAAGUGGAAACGUCUAGGAGCAACAACGGCUCAGCCGUGAAGUGGUAGGCCACACAAGCUCACAGAACGGGACCUCUGAGUGCUGAAGUGCUUAAAAAUCGUCUGUCCUCGGUUGCAACACUCACUACCGAGUUCCAAACUGCCUCUGGAAGCAAAGUCAGCACAAUAACUAUUCAUCGGGAGUUUCAUGAAAUGGGUUUCCAUGGCCGAGCAGCCACACACAAGCCUAAGAUCACCAUGCGCAAUACCAAGUGUUGGCUGGAGGGGUGGAAAGCUCGCCGCCAUUGGACUCUGGAGCAGCGGAAAAGCGUUCUAUGGAGUGAUGAAUCACGCUUCACCAUCUGGCAGUUCGACGGACUAAUCUGAGUUUGGCGGAUGUCAGGAGAACGCUACCUGCCCCAAUGCAUAGGGCCAACUGUAGAGUUUGGUGGAGGAGGAAUAAUGGUCUGGGGCUGUUUGUCAUGGUUCGGGCUAGGUCCCUUAGUUCCAGUGAAGGGAAAUCUUAACGCUACAGCAUACAAUGACAUUCUAGACGAUUCUGUGCUCCCAACUUUGUGGCAACAGUCUGGGGAAGGCCCUUUCCUGUUUUAGCAUGACAAUGCCCCCAUGCAAAAAGCGAGGUCCAUACAGAAAUGGUUUGUCGAGAUCGGUGUGGAAGAACUUUACUGGCCUGCACAGAGCCUUGACCUCAACCCCAUCGAACACCUUUGGGAUGAAUUGGAACGCCGACUGCGAGGCAGGCCUAACCGCCCAACAUCAGUGCCGGACCUCACUAAUGCUCUUGUGGUUGAAUGAAAGCAAGUCCUUGCAGCAAUGUUCCAACAUCUAGUGGAAAGCCUUCCCAGAAGAGUGGAGGCUGUUAUAGCAGCAAAGGGGGGACCAACUCCAUAUUAAUGCCCAUGAUUUUGGAAUGAGAUGUUCGACGAGCAGGUGUCCACAUACUUUUGGUCAUGUUGUGUGUACAUAUUAUUUUAUUUUUUUGACCCCUCCACCCAAUAAAAUAAGGUCUGGUCCUUCUGGCAUUUGCCAGAAUUGCCAGAAGGCCAAUCCGCCAAUGUCUCCAACUCUGUUCAUGGAGUGCGACAGUCCUGUAGGUUGUUGCUCCAGCCCUAAUGUAGAGCACCUGAUUCUAAUAAUUAGCUGGUUGAUAAAUUGAAUCAGGUUAGUUACAACUGGGGUUGGAUUGAAAACCUACAGGAGGGUAGGGUAGCGCUCCAGGAACAGGGUUGGAGAUCCCUGGGCCCAGUUUCUCAAAAGCAACUUAAGGCAAAGUGUAUUGUUAGAACCUUCGUAGGAGCAUCCCAAAACCAAAAUUAUUAAGGUGCACACAAACUCUCGUAAACUAACACCUACCUCAGAACAUCUAAGUGCGUCCUUAGAUGCUUUUUUGCCCUCCCGUGUCACUUUAUACAAACAAUAUCUCCGCUAAACAUAAUCACAUGGUUUAUCUUAUCUCUAUGACUGCAGAAAACUUCAGAACAAAGUUGACUACAAAAUAAAGUUGCCUGUGUCUUUGCAAUUGAUACAAACAUGACGUAUAAAAAAUAUGCUUAAAAUGAAAACCGCAUCCACAGAAACUAGUCCCGCUGUAUUAAAAUAUACAGUGGGCUAUAGGACUAUUUAAAUACAUUUCAUGUUCUGUUUUGCUAUUUGUAGACUAAUUGUAGACUAUUUUGUAAUUUGCCUAUAUAUAUUUCAUGUUGUGUAGCCUAACGUGCGCAAUGUGCCAAAUCAGCGAUUGAAUGCAUUUUUAUUUGGUAAGCAUUAUAAUAAGCUGCCUUAACAUUUGCAGCCAUAAGGUAUAUCUCUAGGAACUAAUCCGUCAUCAGUAUUGUGAAAUAAUUCUAACGUUAAGGCACAUUUUGAAUGGAGAAAGCUGUUCUCGCUUUCUUUCGAUCCCAUCAGUAUCGACACAUGCUCCAACAACGCACUUAGCGACCGUUCUCUCUGCUUGGUGUUUUGGGAAAAGUGUGUUACAUUUUCAGCCGUCGUGGGAAAGAUGUAUCAUUAAAACACUAAUAAGGCUAAAUUCCAUCACUAUCAGGAAACCGGUCCCAGGACAUUAUAAAUCAGGGAUGGGCAACUCCAGUCCUCAGUGGCCAGAGUAAUGUCACACUUCUCCCCCAUCCCUAGCAAACACAGCUGAUUUGUCACGGUUCAGACAGACGACCAGAGGACCACAAUUGCGUCACACCAGAAAGUUUAUUAAAACUUAAGGGAAAAGGGAAGUAGGGAGUGAGUGAAGGCUCCAGGGGUAACAGGGAUCCCGUCCAAUGUGCUGGGUCUGUGCCCCCCCCAGUGGCAGCGAUGCGUCCUAUGACGCCGGUGGUGGGUGGUCCAGAAGUCCUGGGGGGGGAAACACAGACACAACGGGGCGGAUGAAACAAGGCAGCAGUACAGUUCAAGGGAAAUCCAAAUACGUUGUAGCAAGGCAGAAGGCUGGUCAGAGUUACCGGGAUUGAAGAGUAGUCAGGAGUCGUUAUGGCAGAAAGCAGGUCUGGUUUUCCUGGGGCAGAAGAGUAUCCAAGAAUCAGGCAGGUCCGGGGUCACAAAACAAGGGUGAGCCAGAAGCGUGAGCAAACAGGUUCCGGGUGUGAGCUUUGCAGACGAUCUGACAAAGGAGAGCUGAAAGACAGGGCUUUAAAUACUGGGAGAGGUUAGUGGGUAAUGCAGCGCAGCUGGCAGAGUAAUUAGAGCAGAGCAGAGCAGGGACAGGUGGAGCUAGUUAGGCUGAGUAGAGAGAGUGGUGAGCAGAGUGGAAGAUAGUGGAAACAAAUUAAGGUGGUAACCCGGUGGAGUGAGAGGGCUCAUGACAUGAUUAAACUAAUUGCAUUUUAAACUGAAGAUUAGUUGAUUAUUGGAGUCAGGUGUGUUAGCUGGGGCUGGCGCAAAAGUGUGACAUCAAUCAGGCCCCAGAGGACUGGAGUUGACCAUCCCUGUUAUAAAUGAAGAUACUUUAAAGUAUUGAGAUACAUCCAGUUCAGAUUGUAGUCUGUGUGCAGCUGCAUAACACAUCUGGAAGAUCAUUAGAUACAUCAAACAAGGGGUGGAGUCAAACUAAGACAAAGGGAUACAAAAUGGCUGUUCAGAGACAGUGUUGCUAUUGCAAACAUCAAAGAAUUCCAAUAAAUAUAUAAUAUAGAGACUAGAUAGAAUAAUGGUGUUUUGUAUUAAAAUCAUCCUACUUCUUACCUUUGGCUGUUUAGCUACAGUUCAGCAGAUUUAUCAGGCAGAGGAAUCCCGGCGCCAAGUGGCACAUGCCCCUGGGAGAUUUGUUCCACAGUAUAGGCCUGCUCAAGAACCAGCUAGAUUUCAACCAAGACCUGUGCAAUGGCCCGCCAGGGUCCAGACACCGAAGCAAGUUCAAAACCCUUUCCUCCAGUCAAAGCAGACAUUGAAUGAGCCUUUGACCUGGAGAUUUCCUGAAGAUCCAAUCAAAGAGGUGCAGUUGGCUAUUGAUGAGCAGAGCCCGCUGCCUGUGCCUGCCAAUAGCGUUGCAGUUCAAUGUGGGGAGACUGCUGCUCAUGUGGAAGUCAAGCGAGAUCUGCUUGGUAUAGGCCAACUUAUUCACGCAGCGGAUCUCACCUUGGGAGGCUGUACAGUCACCGGGGAGGAUGCUUCUGCUCAAGUGCUGAUCUUUGACACAGAGCUGCACGGAUGUGGCAGCACUCUGACGGUAACAUUGAGCUUUAGCACCGUUAUAAUUUUGCAAGGUUGACAACCAUUGAUUUUCUUACAAUGCCACUUGCUGCUAUGAUUCCAGAUGACUGAUGAUUCACUGGUCUACGUCUUCACACUCCGUUAUACACCAGCCACUCUGGGCAGCAGCCCCAUUGUUCGGACAAGAGAAGUGGAGCUCUGGGUUGAGUGUCUCUAUCAAAGGUGAGUUGAUUACACCUGCAUUGUGGUGUUUUUGUAAGUUCAAUCGACUUUGGAUGCACUUCCUUGGACUUUUGGUCUCGCAUUAAAGAGACUCCUUUACAGAAAGCAUGACGUGAGCAGCGGUGCAGUGAAGCCCACCUGGAAUCCCUAUGCCUCCACUAAGGUUGCAGAGGAGCUCCUGUACUUCUCCCUGAGGCUAAUGACUGGUGAGUAAGGGCUUGUCCUUGCCAUAUUGUCAUUGAUCUUGACAGGUACUGACUUAAGUGCUGUCUCUGCACUUGUUUGUAAGCUAUGGUGUUGCCAACUGGCAAAUGUAACCGCCACUGAGUUAUUGGAAUGAGGUGGUGACCCCAGAAAACAAAAUGACAGCAGUUAUUUUUGCCAAUAUCCAACCCCACAGUUGACAAACUAGAGCAGGGGCAUUAUGUUUGAAAUGAGUAGUAGAUUAUGCCCUUUACUUGUCUUCACAGAUAACUGGCAGUUGGAGAGACCCAGCAACGAGUACAUUCUUGGAGAUAAUAUUAACUUUGAAGCUUCUGUCGUCCAGUUCUACCAUGUGCCCCUCCGAGUCUUUGUGGACCGCUGUGUAGCCACAGUCAUCCCAAACAUCAACACUGUCCCAAGAUAUGCCUUCAUCGAGAACCGUGGGUGAGUGUCCUUUGUAAGGUACUUGAUCUAGUUCAAGGACUAAUCAUUUGCUUUAAUAUAUUGCUAAGGAAGGCAUUUCCCAUUCCCUCCACCUGCCCACACUUCAGAUCAACGUCCAUUUUGAAUGGCAUCCCUCCAGAGGUUCAACAGUGUAGGUAGCCUAAUUUUUGUUUUUUUGUGCCCUUCAGUUGUCUGGUCGACACCAAGCUGACAGGCUCCAGGUCCCAGUUCAUACCUCGCACCAUGGAUGACAAGCUCCGGUUCCAGAUAGAAGCCUUUAGGUUUCAGGUUGUGAACACUGGAUCGGUGAGUAGUCAAUCCUGAGGUCUUCUGCAAAUUAGCUUGGCUAUCCCAAUUUAUAGAACUGGCAGUUGAUGAGCUUCAAUCAAAAAUUAAGAAUAGUAUUCCCAAUAUGGCUGUUGUACCCACCAUGACGUAGCUUUGAGUGUCACAUCUACUAAUUACGUGGUACCAAUUCCGAGGCUUCAACAAAUGUAAUUUCAACAGCUAUACAUUACCUGCCUCCUGAAAGCCACAACAGCUUCAGCGCGUAUUGAUCAUGAGAACAAGGCCUGUUCCUUCUUGAAUGGGUAAGUCUGGGUAUAUAUGCAGGUUGUGCACUUUAAAUAAUGUCAUUUAGCAGAUGCUUUUAUCCAAAGCGACUUAGUCAUUUGCGCAUACAUUUUUACGUAUGGGUGGUCCCGGGGAUCGAACCCACUACCCUGGCGUUACAAGCGCCAUGCUCUACCAAUUGAGCUACAGAGGACCACACUUUACUUGCACCGACUGUGUACAACAUGCAACACUCUGUUUUCCAUAGAUGGCAUGAGGCCAAUGGGAAAGACCAGGCAUGUGGCUGUUGUGACACAGACUGUGGCAUGAAAAGGGAACCAGAUCCAGGUACAUGUGCACUUCAGUCCAAUGUUUCUCAAUCAUUCCUGGAUGACUCUCUGGGGUGCACAUUUUUGUCUUACUCCAAUACCUACGUAGUUGAUUCACCUAAGCCUUUGGCUAAAUUGGCGGUCAGUGCUGGGGUGGAACAAAAAAGUGCACCCACUGAGUCACCCAGGAAUUGACUGAGAAACAAUGCUUUUGUCAAGUUUGUUUCUUAGUUCUCCCUAUGUAGACAUGGUCUUCUGCUCUUAGGUUUCCAGUGGGCGCAAGAAGCUUCUGUUGGUCCUCUCAACAUAAAGGAAAAGCUUCUUCACUGAUGGCCUACUCAUCUGGACUGACUUUCCUGCUAAAAAAUGCAUUCUGGAUAAAAUAAAAUCUAUCUAGAUUACGUUUGUUGUGCAUUUUGUUCAUUGACUAGCAUGAGCUUUUGUAAUAUGUAUCCCAGGUCUAAAAUGAAGUUCCUCAACUCCCUGAUUCUGUAGUUUUUGUUAUAUCUUAACUUGAUUGCUGACAUGUAUAAUGUUUUGAUACUAUAUCAACAAUGUACUAAUGAAACUAAUACCCAACGUUUUUGGGUGGAGUUUUCCUUUUAACCGGUGAACUUCAGCAGGUAAAAAUGUCAGGUCUUAAAACUGCCCUGUAUCGUGACUUAAACCUUGCUAAAACAAUUUAAAUGCACAAUUCUGGUGAGGCUAUUACCACUCACAGGAACCAUUUUUUUUUACUACCAAAAUGUGACUUGCACAAUUUCCCAUGAACCUUCUGGGGGGGAGGGCCUGGAAGUGGUAUAUUCCAGUGUACUGUAUCUAGCCCAUCAAUGUGAAUCUCUGAACUGCAACAAUGCAAGUUCGAUUUUCGAUCGUUGUGCAACCAAUAGUAAAAGUAGUAGUCUUUACCACACAUUACAUUAGUCUUGUUUAGUUACAGGGUGUAUUCCUGACUAAAGGAGGGGGAACGGGUCCUCCAUUAAAGGUGAAUACAGGGCAAUGAGAAGUAGUGUAACUCUUAUAGUUCAGGAACAGUGGGUUUGAUUUAGAAAGGACUUUAUACUUUUAAGAGUGGGCAUAGACAGAAGCUACAUGACCCUUCGGUGUUGAUUAGAGUAUCUAUACUGUAGAAAAAAAAAACUCCUAUGUAAUGGUAUUGAUUUACAAAACUCUGAAAUGGGGGCUUUGUAGCGGUGAAUGCAUUGUAUUACAAACUCAAACAAUUGCUGGUAUUUUCAGAAAGUGCUUGAAAGGAUAUGGUUUGUUUGGACAAUUUGUCAAUAGUGCUGAAGCUAUUGGAUGUUGAGGAUUUACAUUCUGUCUGGGUUUUUAGUUUGUCAAUGUUGCCAGUAUGCCAAUUCUGUUUCAAAUCCUCUUCGCUCUAUUUGAUGCAUGUCACGAAACAACUCUUAUCCCUCCACACAUUCAUAAAAAUCCAUUCAUAUUAUUUAUCCACCAUAAUUGAAGUGGAAAGGGUCCAAUGGAUUUGCACACUUCCAUUCUUCUGGAGUUCUCCAGCUGUAAAAAAAACAAGGACAAUUAAAUAAAUUAUGAAAAAUAUUCAACAUCAAGGAAUGGUGUAAACUUGAAGAGAAAAGAAAAUGCAAUACUUUAACUUUUAGAUGUUCAGUAAAAACUGUGAAGGACUUCGAAGAGGUUAUAAAAUAAUUACAUCCAACUUUUGUUUGGUAUGUUUAUUUCAAUGCAAAAGCUUUAAAAUGUAUGAGAUUCCUUUAACCUUUCAUAACUGAGCAAUGGGUGUAGGGAGUUAAACCAGUCAGUCUCUAGGCAACCCUAAACCCUUUAUUAUCCUUAAGGCUUUGCCUUUUGCAGUGCUAGACAAAUAUUACAACAUUACAAUAGAAGCUUUAUCAAAAUUAUUCAAUAGAAAAUGUAAUGAGGUAAACCAAUAACUUGAUAGUGUUAAGUGUAUGCUAACAAAGAUUCUCAGAAGUUUUUUGACGCUUUUGAGUAAUAUUUUGAACUUUUUGAUGGCUCUAAUUUGCACCUCUGGAUUUUUACGUCUGUCAUUGUGUUUAUCGCUCUCUGACAAAGACACUCGCUCUCUGUGAAAUUAUUUGAAUGGUGAAAGCUGACCUGAGAGCAGCGCUGCCUUUCAAUCUGUAUCAGUAUCGACACAUGCUCCAACGAUGCACGUAGCGACCAUUCUCUCUGCGUGGUGUUUUUGGGAAACGCUUGUUACAGCUUCCGGCCGUUGUAGGAAAGAUGCAUCGUCAAAACACUCGUAAGCCUCAGUUCCAUUGCUAUCGGGAAAGAGGGCCCAUGUCUACUGAAAGCUGAGUGUACCAUCUCUAAACACUGUUUUCUCUCAUUGUUUCAAACGUUCCUGGAUUUGCAUUUUCAGUUUGUUUAUUCUUUUAUUGUGCUAUUAUUCAGACUUAUCUGAUAAUUAGUAUGGAAACGGGGCCUCUUUGUGGGAAGAAAAGGCCACCCUGCAGAGAAAUUAUUCAUGCAGUUUAUUUUUCUCUAUUGAUGCACAUAAAAUAAUGAAAAGCAUUCAUAAAAUACUUUGAAGGCACAUUACUUUAUGGAGAUUGCCAGGUUUUCGCCCAUAAUAACAUGCUAAUAAUUUGAACUUUCUGGUAGCUAUAUAUGGAAGUCUAAUCAGUAACAAUGGGUAAAAAGUUGUCAAUAUCCUGCCAAGCAGGUCAAAUAACCGCUCUAACAAUGGAAAUACAACUCCUCAAAGAUGGACGGCAGGCAGGAGCUGAGAUCAGAUGCGACCACUCUAGCCAAUGAGAGGGCAGAUACGUGGCUCUUCCUCUCUGUUACGGUUCAAAAACCCUAGUUGCCUCGCUGGCUGAAGAGACAAUGAGAUUUAGAAGUGAAGUAAAUAGCCUAAACAUUGAUAAAACAAAUAAAAUACACAAACAGCCCCCAACUUCCCCUUUAACAGGUUAAUUUGGAUUAUUUAGCAUUUAUGCAUUCAAUGUUUUAUUUGAAUAGGCCUACAUGAUGACUUGUGUUUAAUAAAAAGCACUGUAUAAAUGUCUAGUAGAUAGCUAUUGCCUUACCUAUGUGUCGUAAAAGCCAAUCUAAUGACUUGUUAGGCUAUAGGGCAAGUAUAGUGCAACUUUUGAUUCCUAAUGAUGUCUCACAUUUAAUUAUUUGCAAAGAGGUACAGUUUCAUUGCAAACAAGACACACUGAUUUCGCAUUGAAGAAAUAUGAUAAGAUGAACACAUACACUAUAUAUGCAGAAGUAUGUGGACACCCCUUCAAAUUAAUGGCUUCGGCUAUUUCAGCCACACCCGUUGCUGACAGGUGUAUAAAAUUGAGCACACAGCCAUGCAAUCUCCAUAGACAAACAUUGGCAGUAGAAUGGCCUUACUGAAGAGCUCAGCGACUUUCAACGUUUCACCGUCAUAGGAUGCCACCUUUCCAACAAGUCAGUUCGUCAAACUUCUGCCCUGCUAGAGCUGCCCCGGUCAACUGUGAGUGCUGUUAUUGUGAAGUGGAAACGUCUAGGAGCAACAACGGCUCAGCCGUGAAGUAGGUAGGCCACACAAGCUCACAGAACGGGACCGCUGAGUGCUGAAGUGCUUAAAAAUCAUCUGUCCUCGGUUGCAACACUCACUACCGAGUUCCAAACUGCCUCUGGAAGCAAAGUCAGCACAAUAACUAUUCAUCGGGAGUUUCAUGAAAUGGGUUUCCAUGGCCGAGCAGCCACACACAAGCCUAAGAUCACCAUGCGCAAUACCAAGUGUUGGCUGGAGGGGUGGAAAGCUCGCCGCCAUUGGACUCUGGAGCAGCGGAAAAGCGUUCUAUGGAGUGAUGAAUCACGCUUCACCAUCUGGCAGUUCGACGGACUAAUCUGAGUUUGGCGGAUGUCAGGAGAACGCUACCUGCCCCAAUGCAUAGGGCCAACUGUAGAGUUUGGUGGAGGAGGAAUAAUGGCCUGGGGCGGUGAAGUGAAGGAAAGUGAAGGAAAGUCUUAACGCUACAGCAUACAAUGACAUUCUAGACGAUUCUGUGCUCCCAACUUUGUGGCAACAGUUUGGGGAAGGCCCUUUCCUGUUUUAGCAUGACAAUGCCCCCAUGCACAAAGCGAGGUCCAUACAGAAAUGGUUUGUCGAGAUCGAUGUGGAAGAACUUUAUUGGCCUGCACAGAGCCCUGACCUCAACCCCAUCGAACACCUUUGGGAUGAAUUGGAACGCCGACUGCGAGGCAGGCCUAACCGCCCAACAUCAGUGCCGGACCUCACUAAUGCUCUUGUGGUUGAAUGAAAGCAAGUCCUUGCAGCAAUGUUCCAACAUCUAGUGGAAAGCCUUCCCAGAAGAGUGAAGGCUGUUAUAGCAGCAAAGGGGGGACCAACUCCAUAUUAAUGCCCAUGAUUUUGGAAUGAGAUGUUCGACGAGCAGGUGUCCACAUACUUUUGGUCAUGUUGUGUGUAUAUAUUAUUUUAUUUUUUUGACCCCUCCACCCAAUAAAAUAUGGUCUGGUCCUUCUGGCAUUUGCCAGAAUUGCCAGAAGGCCAAUCCGCCAAUGUCUCCAACUCUGUUCAUGGAGUGCGACAGUCCUGUAGGUUGUUGCUCAAGCCCUAAUGUAGAGCACCUGAUUCUAAUAAUUAGCUGGUUGAUAAAUUGAAUCAGGUUAGUUACAACUGGGGUUGGAUUGAAAACCUACAGGAGGGUAGGGUAGCGCUCCAGGAACAGGGUUGGAGAUCCCUGGGCCCAGUUUCUCAAAAGCAACUUAAGGCAAAGUGUAUUGUUAGAACCUUCGUAGGAGCAUCCCAAAACCAAAAUUAUUAAGGUGCACUUAAACUCUCGUAAACUAACACCUACCUCAGAACAUCUGUGUCCUUAGAUGCUUUUUUGCCCUCCCGUGUCACUUUAUACAAACAAUAUCUCCGCUAAACAUAAUCACAUGGUUUAUCUUAUCUCUAUGACUGCAGAAAACUUCAGAACAAAGUUGACUACAAAAUAAAUUUGCCUAUGUCUUUGCAAUUGAUACAAACAUGACGUAUAAAAAAUAUGCUUCAAAUGAAAACCGCAUCCACAGAAACUAGUCCCGCUGCAUUAAAAUAAACAGUGGGCUAUAGGACUAUUUAAAUACAUUUCAUGUUCUGUUUUGCUAUUUGUAGACUAAUUGUAGACUAUUUUGUAAUUUGCCUAUAUAUAUAUUUCAUGUUGUGUAGCCUAACGUGCGCAAUGUGCCAAAUCAGCGAUUUAAUGCAUUUUUAUUUGGUAAGCAUUAUAAUAAGCUGCCUUAACAUUUGCAGCCAUAAGGUGGUAAUAUCUCUCUAGGAACUAAUCCAUCAUCAGUAUUGUGAAAUAAUUCUAACGUUAAGGCAAAUUUUGAAUGGAGAAAGCUGUUCUCGCUUUCUUUCGAUCCCAUCAGUAUCGACACAUACUCCAACAACGCACUUAGCGACCGUUCUCUCUGCUUGGUGUUUUGGGAAAAGUGUGUUACAUUUUCGGCCGUUGUGGGAAAGAUGUAUCAUUAAAACACUCAUAAGGCUAAAUUCCAUCACUAUCAGGAAACCGGUCCCAGGACAUUAUAAAUCAGGGAUGGGCAACUCAGUGGCCAGAGUAAUGUCACACUUCUCCCCCAUCCCUAGCAAACACAGCUGAUUAAACUAAUUGCAUUUUAAACUGAAGAUUAGUUGAUUAUUGGAGUCAGGUGUGUUAGCUGGGGCUUGCGCAAAAGUGUGACAUCAAUCAGGCCCCAGAGGACUGGAGUUGACCAUCCCUGUUAUAAAUGAAGAUACUUUAAAGUAUUGAGAUACAUCCAGUUCAGAUUGUAGUCUGUGUGCAGCUGCAUAACACUUCUGGAAGAUCAUUAGAUAAAUCAAACAAGGGGUGGAGUCAAACUAAGACAAAGGGAUACAAAAUGGCUGUUCAGAAACAGUGUUGCUAUUGCAAACGUCAAAGAAUUCCAAUAAAUAUAUAAUAUAGAGACUAGAUAGAAUAAUGGCGUUUUGUAUUAAAAUCAUCCUACUUCUUACCUUUGGCUGUUUAGCUACAGUUCAGCAGAUUUAUCAGGCAGAGGAAUCCCGGCGCCAAGUGGCACAUGCCCCUGGGAGAUUUGUUCCACAGUAUAGGCCUGCUCAAGAACCAGCUAGAUUUCAACCAAGACCUGUGCAAUGGCCCGCCAGGGUCCAGACACCGAAGCAAGUUCAAAACCCUUUCCUCCAGUCAAAGCAGACAUUGAAUGAGCCUUUGACCUGGAGAUUUCCUGAAGAUCCAAUCAAAGAGGUGCAGUUGGCUAUUGAUGAGCAGAGCCCGCUGCCUGUGCCUGCCAAUAGCGUUGCAGUUCAAUGUGGGGAGACUGCUGCUCGUGUGGAAGUCAAGCGAGAUCUGCUUGGUAUAGGCCAACUUAUUCACGCAGCGGAUCUCACCUUGGGAGGCUGUGCGGUCACCGGGGAGGAUGCUUCCGCUCAAGUGCUGAUCUUUGACACAGAGCUGCACGGAUGUGGCAGCACUCUGACGGUAACAUUGCGCUUUAGCACCGUUAUAAUUUUGCAAGGUUGACAACCAUUGAUUUUCUUACAAUGCCACUUGCUGCUAUGAUUCCAGAUGACUGAUGAUUCACUGGUCUACGUCUUCACACUCCGUUAUACACCAGCCACUCUGGGCAGCAGCCCCGUUGUUCGGACAAGAGAAGUGGAGCUCUGGGUUGAGUGUCACUAUCAAAGGUGAGUUGAUUACACCUGCAUUGUGGUGUUUUUGUAAGUUCAAUCGACUUUGGAUGCACUUCCUUGGACUUUUGGUCUCACAUUAAAGAGACUCUUUUACAGAAAGCAUGAUGUGAGCAGUGAUUCUGUGAAGCCCACCUGGAAUCCCUAUGCCUCCACUAAGGUUGCAGAGGAGUUCCUGUACUUCUCCCUGAGGCUAAUGACUGGUGAGUAAGGGCUUGUCCUUGCCAUAUUGUCAUUGAUCUUGACAGGUACUGACUUAAGUGAUGUCUCUGCACUUGUUUGUAAACUGUGGGGGUGGGUCUUGCCAACUGGCAAAUGUAACUGCCACUGAGUUAUUGGAAUGAGGUGGUGACCCCAGAAAACAAAAUGACAGCAGUUAUUUUUGCCAAUAUCCAACCCCACAGUUGACAAACUAGAGCAGGGGCAUUAUGUUUGAAAUGAGUAGUAGAUUAUGCCCUUUACUUGUCUUCACAGAUAACUGGCAGUUGGAGAGACCCAGCAACGAGUACAUUCUUGGAGAUAAUAUUAACUUUGAAGCUUCUGUCGUCCAGUUCUACCAUGUGCCCCUCCGAGUCUUUGUGGACCGCUGUGUAGCCACAGUCAUCCCAAACAUCAACACUGUCCCAAGAUAUGCCUUCAUCGAGAACCGUGGGUGAGUGUCCUUUGUAAGGUACUUGAUCUAGUUCAAGGACUAAUCAUUUGCUUUAAUAUAUUGCUAAGGAAGGCAUUUCCCAUUCCCUCCACCUGCCCACACUUCAGAUCAACGUCCAUUUUGAAUGGCAUCCCUCCAGAGGUUCAACAGUGUAGGUAGCCUAAUUUUUGUUUUUUUGUGCCCUUCAGUUGUCUGGUCGACACCAAGCUGACAGGCUCCAGGUCCCAGUUCAUACCUCGCACCAUGGAUGACAAGCUCCGGUUCCAGAUAGAAGCCUUUAGGUUUCAGGUUGUGAACACUGGAUCGGUGAGUAGUCAAUCCUGAGGUCUUCUGCAAAUUAGCUUGGCUAUCCCAAUUUAUAGAACUGGCAGUUGAUGAGCUUCAAUCAAAAAUUAAGAAUAGUAUUCCCAAUAUGGCUGUUGUACCCACCAUGACGUAGCUUUGAGUGUCACAUCUACUAAUUACGUGGUACCAAUUCCGAGGCUUCAACAAAUGUAAUUUCAACAGCUAUACAUUACCUGCCUCCUGAAAGCCACAACAGCUUCAGCGCGUAUUGAUCAUGAGAACAAGGCCUGUUCCUUCUUGAAUGGGUAAGUCUGGGUAUAUAUGCAGGUUGUGCACUUUAAAUAAUGUCAUUUAGCAGAUGCUUUUAUCCAAAGCGACUUAGUCAUUUGCGCAUACAUUUUUACGUAUGGGUGGUCCCGGGGAUCGAACCCACUACCCUGGCGUUACAAGCGCCAUGCUCUACCAAUUGAGCUACAGAGGACCACACUUUACUUGCACCGACUGUGUACAACAUGCAACACUCUGUUUUCCAUAGAUGGCAUGAGGCCAAUGGGAAAGACCAGGCAUGUGGCUGUUGUGACACAGACUGUGGCAUGAAAAGGGAACCAGAUCCAGGUACAUGUGCACUUCAGUCCAAUGUUUCUCAAUCAUUCCUGGAUGACUCUCUGGGGUGCACAUUUUUGUCUUACUCCAAUACCUACGUAGUUGAUUCACCUAAGCCUUUGGCUAAAUUGGCGGUCAGUGCUGGGGUGGAACAAAAAAGUGCACCCACUGAGUCACCCAGGAAUUGACUGAGAAACAAUGCUUUUGUCAAGUUUGUUUCUUAGUUCUCCCUAUGUAGACAUGGUCUUCUGCUCUUAGGUUUCCAGUGGGCGCAAGAAGCUUCUGUUGGUCCUCUCAACAUAA